AAAUGCAGCCCAGCAUGUUCAGACAGCUGUGUAUCUAGAGGACAGACAUGGAGAUCAAGGAUCAGAUGAUGCUCACGCUGCUUCUUGUGCUUGGGACUGCACAAGCAACUAAACAAGAACCUGGCGUCUCGGAUGGGUACCAGAAACCUAAAUUUUGUGGCCAGGCAGACUGCCCCAAAUACGAAGUGGUGAAAAAAUAUGAUAAAUUUGAACAUCGUGCUUAUGAAGCCACUCGCUGGGUAAAAACUCCACUAGAAAGAGAUUUCUUCGGCCUGGGGAUGAUGAAAAGCUUCAGACGCUUGUUCAAGUAUAUCACUGGGUCAAAUGCUGAAGAGAUGAAGAUUAACAUGACUGUGCCUGUGGCGAUGUACGUGCCACUGACCAAGCCACCAGCCGGCAAUUCUACAAUGGCUUUCUUUGUGCCACAUGACGUGGAGGAUCCCCCACAACCAACUGACCCAGAUGUUUAUCUGGAAAACGCUCCUGCGAUGUCUGCUUAUGUUAGGAGUUUUGGAGGCUAUGCCUUAGAUCCUACUUAUUCCAAGGAAGCUGUAGUCUUGGCAGAAGAGCUGCGAUCCCUUGGCUAUGAGUUUUAUGACUCAUUCUAUCUGCGCUGUGGCUACAAUGAUCCUUUUACAUUCUUCGACCGCCACAAUGAAGUGUGGUUCAUUGCAAAGUAAAGAAGAAUGCAGCACUUAAGAUCUAUUCAUCCAAAAUAGUCCUUUGUGCAUAUACUUUUUGUAACUUGUAGCUGAUAAAAGAAGUUGAU